GCAGCCAAGUCUGCCUAUCUUCCUCCCCUCCUCUUCCUCCUAAAUUGUCAAUGAAAAUCUCGAUUGCUUCCUCUCCCUCCAUUGAUAAACAAGAAAUAGUUGACCUAUCAAUACACCACGAUUUGGAGUCGGAAGAUCACACAAUGAAAGUUCAGAAACAAGUCACAAAUGUUGUAGUAACGGAGCAAAAAUCGCAGCAAGAGGGUGACACUUCAACACUUGGUAGUUAUGUAGGGCCAUCGACUAUACCUACUUCCACUCGUCCUCUGUACAAUUAUACGGAGCAUUUUACAACGGAGACGGUGAGUGUUUUUUUGAUAAAGCAUUUAUUAUGUGCAAUCUUAUAUUACGGGCUAUAAUUUUUUUUUUUUUAUGUGUGUA